GCUCCGCACCGCCCUCCGCCGCUUUCCCGUCAGCCUCUGCGCCCGUCGGGGCUGUCCGGCAGCGGCGGAAGAUGGCGGCCGACAGCGAACCCGAGUCGGAGGUGUUCGAGAUCACGGACUUCACCACCGCCUCCGAGUGGGAGAGGUUUAUUUCAAAAAUAGAAGAAGUAUUGAAUGACUGGAAACUUAUUGGGAUUUCUUCAGGCAAACCUCUAGAAAAGGGUGUAUACACCACAGGAACAUGGGAAGAGAAAUCAGAUGAAAUUUCAUUUGCCGACUUCAGAUUCUCAGUUACCCAUCAUUACCUUGUACAAGAACCCAGUGACAAAGAUGGGAAAGAAGAACUGGUAGAAGAUGCCCUUCCUCUGCCUAUGCAGGACUUGCUGUGCAUGAGCAAUGACUUUCCUCCUAGAGCUCACUGUCUGGUAAGAUGGUAUGGCUUACGUGAGUUUGUGGUUAUUGCUCCGGCUGCAAAUAACGACGCAGUUCUUAGUGAGUCCAAAUGUAACCUUUUGCUGAGUUCCAUUUCCAUUGCAUUAGGAAACACUGGCUGUCAGGUACCACUGUUUGUGCAAAUACAUCAUAAAUGGCGACGAAUGUAUGUUGGAGAAUGUCAGGGUCCAGGAGUUCGAACUGACUUCGAAAUGGUUCAUCUUCGCAAAGUGCCAAAUCAGUAUAUUCAUUUAUCUGGAUUACUAGAUGUCUUCAAAUCCAAGAUUGGAUGCCCGUUAACACCACUGCCUCCGGUUAGCAUGGCUAUUCGGCUAACAUAUGUGCUUCAAGACUGGCAGCAGUAUUUCUGGCCACAGCAGCCACCAGAUAUAGAUGCUCUAGUUGGGGGAGAAGUUGGAGGCCUUGAGUUUGGGAAGUUACCAUUUGGUGCCUGUGAGGAUCCUAUUAGUGAGCUUCAUUUAGCUACUACAUGGCCUCACCUAACGGAAGGUAUAAUUGUUGACAAUGAUGUUUAUUCGGACCUGGAUCCUAUUCAAGCACCUCAGUGGUCUGUGAGAGUCAGAAAAGCAGAUAACCCUCAGUGUCUGUUGGGUGACUUCCUUACUGAAUUCUUCAAGCUUUGCCGUCGGAAGGAGUCGACUGAUGAGAUACUUGGAAAGUCUGCGUUUGAAGAGGAAGGAAAAGAGGUUGCUGAUAUUACCCAUGCUUUGUCGAAGCUCACAGAGCCAGCACCAGUCCCGAUCCAUAAAUUAUCAGUCACAAAUAUGGUUCACAGUGCAAAGAAGAAAAUUCGCAAGCACAGAGGUGUAGAUGAAUCACCUUUAAACAAUGAAGUUCUGAAUGCUAUUCUUCUGUUCUUAUUUCCUGAUGCUGCUGACAAACUCGCAGAUGGAUUUGAAAGCAGAAUGAGCUCUUCAGCAGGAAACAAUCCUCCUCCAGAGAAUGAAGAUUAUAAUCUCUUCAGUCAGUUUAAAUCUGCUCCUUCUGAUAGUCUGACAUACAAACUAGCUUUAUGUCUUUGUAUGAUAAACUUCUACCAUGGAGGAGUAAAAGGAGUGGCACAUCUUUGGCAAGAAUUUGUGUUAGAAAUGCGCUACAGAUGGGAGAACAACUACCUGAUUCCAGGAUUAGCUAAUGGCCCUCCAGAUCUGAGAUGCUGUUUACUGCAUCAGAAACUUCAGAUGUUAAAUUGUUGCAUUGAAAGAAAGAAAGCAAGAGAUGAGGGGAAAAGGGGGAACACGUCUGAUCGUUCACCUGGUGGUACUUCUGGUGAUGCUGGAAAAGGAGCAGACCACUCUGGAGAUAACCCUGACAAGGAAAAAGAAGUUGGCAAGUCUUGGGAAUCGUGGAGUGACAGUGAAGAGGAAUUUUUUGAAUGUCUAAGUGACACAGAAGAUCUUAAAGGAAAUGGGCAGGACAAUGGAAAGAAAGGAGGAGCAAAAGAAGGCAACAAAGAGGCUGUAAACUUAAAACCAGAAGGUCGUUUGCAUCCGCACGGAAAGCUGAUGCUGCUGCAUCCAGGAGAGCCUCUCUACAUUCCGAUAACACAGGAACCAGCACCCAUGACUGAAGAUUUGCUGGAAGAACAGUCUGAGGUCCUGGCAAAACUAGGGACAUCAGCAGAAGGUGCUCAUCUUCGGGCACGCAUGCAGAGCGCCUGCUUGCUCUCAGAUAUGGAGUCUUUUAAGGCGGCUAAUCCUGGCUGUUGUCUGGAGGAUUUUGUGAGGUGGUACUCCCCUCGGGAUUACAUCGAAGAGGAAGUGGUCGAUGAAAAGGGGAAUAUAGUAAUUAAGGGUGAGCUAAGUGCCCGAAUGAAGAUUCCCAGUAACAUGUGGGUAGAGGCCUGGGAGACAGCAAAACCAGUCCCAGCCCGGAGGCAGAAGAGACUGUUUGAUGACACUAGAGAAGCAGAGAAGGUGCUUCAUUACCUGGCAGUUCAGAAGCCAGCUGACCUUGCAAGGCACCUCUUGCCUUGCAUCAUCCAUGCAGCUGUACUCAAGGUAAAGGAAGAAGAAGCACUAGAAGAUAUAUCCUCAGUUAAGAAGAUUAUUAAGCAGAUAAUAUCCCAUUCCAGCAAAGUUCUACGAUUUGCUAAUCCAGAGGACAAGAAGUUGGAAGAAAUCAUCACUCAGAUUAUGAGUGUGGAAGCUAUCAUUGCCAGGGCCAGGUCUCUGAAAGCAAAAUUUGGGGUAGAGAAAUGUGAAAAUGAGGAGGAGAAAGAAGAUCUGCAAAGAUUUGUAAACUGUCUCCUGGAGCAGCCAGAAGUGUCAGUUAUUGGUGCAGGAAGAGGACCUGCUGGUAGCAUUAUUCAUAAGCUGUUCGUGAAUGCUCAGAGGGCUUCUGCAGUGCCUCCACUUGACGAAGAAUUGAGGAGGGCAGGUUCAUCGGAGGAGCGAAGACUCAACGCGGGGGCUGUUUCAGAUUUCCCGCCGCCCACGGGCCGCGAGGUGAUUUUGCGUGCAACCGUCCCGCGCCCCGCUCCUUACUCCAAGCCAUUGCCCCAGCGCAUGUACAGUGUGCUGACAAAGGAGGAUUUUCGACUUGCAGGUGCCUUUUCAGCAGAUACAACGUUCUUCUGACUUGUCUUCACAAGUAGGAUGCUGUUCAUUUUCCUUUGGGGAAGUCAACGCUUAGAGAGUGACUUGACCGGCUUGCAGUGAGGAGAAAAUAUGGUUGUCAUUAGUGACAGUGUCAUGUUCCCAAGGACAGAGCUGAACUGGCAGUUCUAACUUGGAGUUUUGGGAUGGCUUCACAAGUAGUUUUAACCAGACCUUUGGGGAAGGAAGUUUAGCAAUCUCCUCUCUGUCCAAAGGGAGUGUAUUAUAUUUUUGCAUUAGCUUGUUUAAUAAUGGACGUGAAGGGGCUGUAUGCAAAUACAUCAUGUUGAAUUCAUGCAGAAUAUGCUGCUUUGCAGUUCUUAAUCAGCCUUUAUCGAGUGACACUAGUCUACUUAAAUUGAUGUGCAAACUUAAAAGUAAUUUGUAUUUAUCGCUAAUCAUAAAUAUUGAGCCCAGUAUUUUUCGGUUUAUGACUGAGAUGCAAAUACCUCUAAACUAUUCUUAAUUUUAUUUAACGUAUACAGUAUGUUCUAGUUCAUGCUAAACCCUCCUCGCAUUGCAGAUGUUGUCCAAAAGGCUCUUGGACAUUUCUCUCGGACAGGACUAAAUACUUGUGGGACUGUAAGUGGAUAGUGAGCCUGACAGCCUUAAGCGGCUCACUCACAGCUGCAGAUACGUUCUGUCCUUCCCUGGGCGUGCGGGCCCAAGCUGUCUGUGCGCAGUGUGGAUGGAGGUGUUUCACUGUGAGCAACUUGCUGGUAGUUACAGGGACCAUUGGAACACAUACUGUGUCUUUGAUCCUAUACAAUGAAACAAUUCUGUCACCUGCUGUAAGCUAACCUGCCGGCUGUCGCGCAAACGCUGCGACCUGUACGUGCCAGUGUUGCUUUAUGGUGGUCUUUGUGUGUUUUAAUGAGACUCGGCAAAAGAUCAGCGUUACUUAACAAAAUGAAAUGUAAAAAUAGCUACAAUAUUGUUGACGUUAUUCAAUAAAUCUGAACUUAUUAUUGGC